AUACCGUCUCAUAGAAAAUCACACAGCAUUUAUGUCCGGUACUGUACUCUCCCGAUGAGAAAAAAUCUUACACUUUUUAAAAAAGUCUUUUUUUUUUAAACAGUUUUUGACUUAAAAAAAAAUUAAAAUUAGCACAUGAAAGAGAAUCAUCUGAAACGAAGAUACAAAAAUUUUGAUGGGGUUAUUCCAUUUGAAUUAAUCAAGUAAUCAGCGAUAAAAGAGAGUGUGUGUUUUUUUCUCAUAGCGAAGGUUCUAAAGGGUUAAUCACGUAUCGAGUUUAUCUGAGGUUAUAUUUUGCUAAGUUGUGUUUUCACAGUUCCUAUUAUUUUUAUAAAAGCUGAAUGCUGGAUAUUAUUCAUUGAGAUGAUUGUAACAGUUUAGACUUGAGUGAAUUUAAGCAAAAUGUAAUUCAGAUUCCAUUAUUGGGCGCUCAAGUAUUAAUGAACGCAAUUGAGUAAUUCAAUUAUUUGCGUAGUUGUUGAUUGCAAUUGCACGUUUACUUCAUCCGGUUUUUUCUUGCUCAACUAUUAGUAAUCAACAAAUAGAUUGAGACAUUUUAAAGAAAUUGAUUUUCCCGCCUCUCCUAAAACAAUUUACGCAAAAGAAGCUUUUUUUAAAAAGAGACAUAUGUUCUUAUCAGUUUCACCUCUCAAGCUAUUGAAUUGGCAAUCACAUAAGUCUUAUUUACGAGUAAUAAGAAAUUUUGCAGCAAUGAAUAAAUUUGAUCUUCCAAUUCGUUGUAAAGGCAACGAUAAGUCUGUUUGGGUAGAAUAUAUCAAUCUUGCGGCAAAAUAUAAACCACUGAAUCUUGGGCAAGGUUUCCCAGAUUUCUUUGCUCCCAAGCAUGUAACAGAUGCGUUAGCUGAAUCUGUCAAGAGUAAUAACCCACUGAUCAACCAAUACACUCGGGCUUUUGGUCAUCCAAGACUAGUAGAAGCAAUUGGAAAAGUUUAUUCCGAAGUUCUAGAUAGAGAACUUGAUCCAUACAAUGAAAUUAUUGUAACUGCGGGUGCAUAUGAAGCUCUCUAUUGUGCAAUUCAAGGUCAUACUGAAGUUGGCGAUGAAUGGAUCAUCAUAGAACCUUUCUUUGAUUGUUAUGAACCACAAGUUAGAAUGGCUGGUGGGGUUCCACGAUUUAUUCCUCUCAAGCCCACAAAAACUACUGGAGCAAUGAGUUCAGCUGAUUGGAUAUUUGAUCGAAAUGAAAUGACUCGUCUUUUUAACGAGAAAACUAAAGGAAUCAUUAUUAAUACUCCACACAAUCCUCUUGGAAAAGUAUUCACGUUAGAUGAGCUUCAAUUUAUUGCUAAUUUAGCAAAGAAGUGGAAUACUCUCGUUAUUUCUGACGAAGUAUAUGAGUGGAUGACUUUUGACCCAGCUAAACAUAUCCGGUUUGCAACCCUACCAGGUAUGUGGGAACGUACAAUAACUAUUGGUUCAGCUGGAAAAACUUUUAGUGUUACUGGCUGGAAAUUAGGGUGGGCAUAUGGUCCAGCUAAUCUACUUUGGAAUAUUAAAGUCGUUCAUCAAAAUUGUGUAUACACGAGCUCAACUCCAACUCAAGAAGCGGUCGCUAUUGGAUUUGAAGAAGAAUUAAAGAGAUUUGGAAAACCAGAUUGCUACUUCACAAGCCUUGCAGAUGAAUUAUUACCUAAACGUGAUUAUAUGGCAAAGUUUCUGGAGGACAUCGGUAUGUCACCUACAAUUCCUGAAGGUGGAUAUUUUAUGAUAGCUAACUGGAAACCGUUGGAAAAAUUCGUUCGUCUUGAAGAUGAGACAGAUCCACAGCAAGACUACAGGUUCACUAAAUGGAUGACGAAGAAUGUUGGAAUUCAAGGCAUUCCUCCAUCAGCAUUUUACUGCGACGAACAUAAGUACUUGGGUGAGGAUAAUGUUCGUUAUUGUUUCAUCAAGAAGGAUGAGAAUUUACAGAAAGCAGCUGAAUUAUUGAAUAAAUGGAAGUCACAGCAGGUUUGAAGAUUCUACAUUCCAUAAAGAAAUGUAAUUAAUUUUAUGCUUUACGUUCCGUCAUUGUAAAAGUCUUUGCAUUAUAUACGUUUCAACAUCGUGUAUUUGAAUUCAUAAAUAAUCAUUGUCAUUUCAAA